CCCCGACACAAUCUAAAUCUCGAGCUCCCAGUCAGUCGCAAUCGGAUUGUGUGCCUGUUUGCUUCUUGUUAUUGCUGUAGAAUCUGAAAGUUGUUACUCCAAGAGGGUAUUUUUAAAAUCUAUUCUGGAAGAAUGGCCUACUUAUGCACUUUUGUGUUUUUGCUCUGCCCUUUCUUGUUGUUUGGUACUCCAUGGGAAAAUCCAAAUCCCAAGUCUCAGGUUGAGUACAUCCCAAACUACAAAAGUGAGGAAGUUACGAACAUCAAACCCGUUAUCGUGCCCAUCACGCGGCCGCCGGUGGUGACUCAAACCGCACCUCCUCCGCCGGCCGAUUCCAAGAAAUUCGCAUACAAUCCGAACACUCAGAGCUGGACGAGGAUUUUCCCGGGCGAUCCGCUUCCCAAUGAGGAAACUCUUGUGUGGAACCAAUCCAAUGACAAAUGGCUCACUCGCUAAACGUUUCAGCAAUCGAUUGCUAUUUUUUCUGAAUUUAUGCUUUAAUUGUUAACAACAAUAAAACUAAAUCGGAACUGGA